AUGCUCUCAGCUGUGGUCCUCGCUUCUGCCCUUCUCUGCUCUGUGGCUGGCCAGGGGUGUUCGACCUUCUUCGGGAUCAAGGACGUCAAGCACCUCAUUGACAACCUGCAGAAAGAUCCACUGUCAAAAUGCAGCUGUAGCGGCAAUGGGACCGAUUGUUUGUGUCUGCCCAUUCCUUCUGAAAACUGCACCACACCGUGCUUCCAGGAGGGUCUGGCCCAGAUGAGCAACACCACAGUGAGAACAAGUUUCUCCCUGGUUUUCAACCGGGUGAAGAAAACGGUGGGAGCCCUGAAGAGCCACAAAUGCCCGUAUUUUUCCUGUGACCUUCCGUGCAACCAGACCACUACAGGCAACACGCUGACGUUUCUGACCAGUCUCCUGGAGGUUUUCCAGAAAGAAAGGAUGAGAGACACAGUAUGA